GUCCGUUUGCAAAUGUCACCAGUCAGUCUUUCUUGUCCAAUGAUGCACUUUGUGGUGACUCCCGAUUUAAUGUAAAACCAUGCCUAACCAAAUCUACAAAGAAAUCAAGAAGAAAAAGAGUGCUCGCAGGUUUAUAUAUUCUAUUAGGGAUUGGAUCACUCUUCAUGUUGACUGUUGGAAUUGUGGUGUUAAGAUUGAGAAACACAAAGAAGAAUGCAAGUCAAAAGGAUGUGUCUCUCGUAAAAGGGCAUGAAAGAAUUUCAUAUUAUGAACUUGAACAGGCAACGGAAGGAUUCAACGAAACCAACUUGCUUGGUAAUGGGAGUUUCAGCAUGGUUUAUAAAGGGAUACUCAAGGAUGGUAUCAUUUUUGCAGCAAAGGUAUUCAAUGUGCAAUUGGAGGGUGCAUUCAAAAGCUUUGACACAGAAUGUGAGGUACUCCGGAACCUUCGCCACAGAAAUCUGACCAAAGUCAUCACCAGCUGCUCCAAUCUUGAUUUCAAGGCCCUAGUGUUGGAAUACAUGCCCAACGGGACACUUGACAAAUGGUUAUACUCUCACAACUUGUUCUUGAACUUAUUGCAAAGACUGGCUAUAAUGAUAGAUGUUGCAUCUGCAAUGGACUAUCUUCACAAUGGCUAUUCAACACCUGUGGUGCAUUGUGACUUGAAGCCAAGCAAUGUCUUGCUAGAUCAAGAAAUGGUUGCUCAUGUAAGUGAUUUUGGCAUUGCAAAAAUGUUAGGUGCAGGGGAGGCUUUUGUUCAGACAAGGACAAUUGCAACCAUUGGAUAUAUUGCUCCAGAGUAUGGACAAGAUGGCAUAGUAUCCACGAGUUGUGAUGUUUAUAGUUUUGGCAUCCUGAUGAUGGAGACCUUCACACGAAUAAGACCAAGUGAUGAAAUAUUUACUGGAGACUUGAGCAUACAACGUUGGAUUAGUGAUUCCUUUCCGGGUGAACUUCACAAGGUGGUGGAUUCUAAUUUGGUACUGACAUGAGAUGAACA